AGCUACGUCUGUCCUGGCUGGUGUGUGUGUAUGUGUGUGUGAGUGAGUGUGUCUCUACAUUAAAGGAUAUUAUCACCAGUGGACCAGAAAACAGUCUCAGUCGGAGGAGUCACCAUGGCAGACAAAGAGGGACACAAGCAGAAGAAGGAAAGGGCAAGUUGCUUUGGAUAUCCUGUCAGUAUAUUUUUUAUUGUGGUGAAUGAGUUCUGUGAGCGAUUCUCCUACUAUGGCAUGAAAGCGGUGCUGGUCCUGUACUUCAAGUAUUUCAUUGGUUGGGAUGAUGACCUGUCCACCACCAUCUACCACACGUUUGUGGCUCUCUGCUACCUUACACCCAUCAUGGGAGCCAUUAUUGCGGACUCGUGGCUGGGAAAGUUCAAGACUAUCGUGUAUCUGUCCAUAGUGUACACCAUUGGUCAGGUGAUCAUGGCUAUCAGUGCCAUCCAUGACAUCACAGAUGCUAACAGAGACGGCAAGCCUGACAACAAGACCUUACACAUAUCCUUGUCGAUGUUGGGGCUCAUCUUGAUUGCUUUGGGAACAGGAGGAAUUAAACCCUGUGUGGCAGCAUUUGGAGGAGAUCAGUUUGAAGAUCACCAGGAAAAACAAAGAAGCACUUUCUUUUCCAUCUUCUAUCUGUCCAUCAAUGCUGGCAGUCUGCUCUCCACUCUCAUCACACCCAUCCUGAGAUCCCAGGAAUGUGGCAUCUACGCAAAGCAGAGCUGUUAUCCUCUGGCGUUUGGCGUUCCUGCAGCGCUCAUGGUGGUUGCCCUCAUUGUGUUCGUCAUAGGACACAAAAUGUAUAUCAUGGAGUCUCCAAAGGGCAACAUCCUGCUGCAAGUCAUUAACUGCAUUGGAUUUGCGCUUAAUAACCGUUUCAGACAUCGCGGUAAACAGUACCCAAAAAGAGAGCACUGGAUGGACUGGGCAGAAGAGAAAUAUGAUAAACUGCUGAUUGCACAGGUGAAGAUGGUGGUGAAGGUGCUGUUCCUCUACAUCCCGCUGCCAAUGUUCUGGGCUUUAUUUGACCAGCAGGGCUCCCGUUGGACUAUUCAAGCCACCACCAUGGACGGUAACUUUGGAGGGUUUGUAAUUCAGCCAGAUCAGAUGCAGAUCGUGAACCCUAUACUGAUUGUGAUUAUGGUGCCAAUCAUGGACUCUGCAAUUUACCCCCUCAUCAAGCUGUGCCGCAUUAACUUCACGCCCCUGCGGAAGAUGACUGUCGGUAUGGUUUUGGCAGCCUUAGCAUUUGUGGCUGCUGCUCUUUUGCAGCUUCAAAUCGACGAAACGAUGCCUAAGUUCCCAUCAACCUCUCAAACCCAGUUGAAGUUCCUGAACGUUGAGAGCACAUCAUUGCCUGUUGUGGUGGAGGGACAAGAUCAAUUCAUGGUUCCUGGAUUCAAUGCCUCAAGUGAAUACUUGACCCUGGACAAGGAGAAUGUGACCAUCUCUGCUGGAGGAGUCAAUGAUACAGCCUUUUUAAAGACCGGCACCAGGCACACAGUUUUAAUGAAUGCUGCUGGAAUGAGAAAUACGCUCGAUGACCUUACUAAGAAACCAGAGCAAGGCCUGAAUGCCAUUAGGUUUGUGAAUGGCUGGGAGAAUCGGCUGAAUGUGUCAGUGAAGUCUAAUAAUGUGCACGCGGAUCCCCUGGAUGCAUCAGUUUACUUAUUGGUUCCCCAUGGCAAAGUCAACUUUACAAUUUUUGACGGGGGCGACGGGAAGUGCCACUACAUUAUGCAGCUGGGCUUUGGAAGCACUUACACAGUCCUGAUCCCCAGCACCUUCGCCUUCGGACAAACUUGCAGCGAGAGCUUUGAAGCAGUGCAGGACAUGGAGCCCAAUAGGAUCCACAUGGCCUGGCAGGUCAUUCAAUACUUCCUUUUGACCUGUGGUGAAGUGGUGUACUCGGUCACCGGCCUCGACUUCUCCUAUUCACAGGCUCCGAGCAACAUGAAGUCGGUUCUGCAGGCUGGUUGGCUGUUGACCGUCGCUGUGGGGAACAUCAUUGUGCUCAUCGUGGCUGAAGCAGGAUCUCUUCCGGAUCAGUGGGCUGAAUAUCUGCUGUUCGCGUCUCUUCUGGUGGCUGUGAGCAUCAUCUUCGCCAUCAUGGCCUACUUCUACACCUAUAUCGACCCGAAUGAGAUCGAGGCUAAGUUUAAAGAGUUGGAGCCCGAGGACAAGAAAAGGAAAGAAAUGCAAAUGACGGCCAAAGACAAUAUGGCGUACGUACACAAUGAGAACACAAACAUCAAGCAAACCAAGAUCUAGACACUUUUUUUUUUUCUUCCCUCCUGAUCAGAGGUGUUCCACGUCGUGACUGAUCCAGCAUUUUCUUAAACAGUUAAGUGUGGGAUUUGUUGUAGCAGAAAAGAUUCUCAAAUCAGCCCAAGGAAAUGCUAAUUCUUCCUAAAUUGAAGUUUUGUUUGGGAUGAAGAGUGUGGGCUUGAGGGUUGGUAGUUUUGGAGGGUAUCAGACUGUUAAUGUGUCACUAUCGUGUGAUGGUGACUUUAUUUAUGAGUCUAUUAUGUUACUAUCAAUAAAUUGAUGGAUCGAAACAAGUGUUGCUCUGACAAUUGACUCUUAUCAUGGAAAAACAGUUAAAAAAAAUUAAAUUUAAAGUGAAAAA